GUAGUAGGUUGCAGAUAUAUUUUUCAAAAAGAAUUUAUAUUUUUUCUCAUCAAAGGAAAAAAAAUGAUUAUGAUUACAAUUGUUAAUAUAUCAAUCCGUAAAACAGAAAACACCGGGUAGAAAAUAAAAAUUAAAAAAAAGGAUAAUUUAAGUCAAAGAGACGGAAUCAGUUGAGCCCGAAAAACAAUUGUAAAUUGGGCAAUUGAAGAGACCCGCCGGAGCAAAGCUUAAGUGUUAUCGCAAAAAAAUGGACACUUUGUUACCAGAGAUGAACCUGUACGGUAAUUAUUCAUAUAUGGAUUUGGGAUUUAACGAUCCCUCUUUCAUUCAAUCCCUUUCACUUUCUCGCAACGACGACGACGAUGAAUUACUGCCAGCCAGGAUUUCUUCAUUGGUUGACAAAGCUAACAUAAGCUUAAAGAGUCCACGUAAGCACCGCCACGAUGGCACUUCACCGCUUCCUUUAGGCAUGGAUUGGAGUCCUCCCCCUACUCUAUGGGAUGGACAUGAUACCAUUUGGCCACAUGAUUCUCAUACAGGUUGGAGUUACUGCGCAACAAUUCCUUCUUGGACUAUCUUGUCACGCCCCAGAGGUUCAGCUACUGUAGUGUUUUACAGGGUUCAAAUCGGGAUACAAUCGCCGGAUGGGUUCACAACCACGCGAGAGAUACUACGCAGAUUUAGUGAUUUCUUACAGCUAUCUUCAGCGCUGAAGAAAGAAUUCCCAAAGAAAAAGUUGCCCCCCGCUCCUUCGAAGGGGCUUCUGAAAAUGCAAAGCAAUGAGCUUUCGGAAGAACGUAGGUGUUUAUUGGAGGACUGGAUGGCGAAAGUAUUGUCUGACAUCGAGUUUUCAAGAAGUGCUUCCAUAGGGAUCUUUCUUGAGCUUGAAGCAGCUGCAAGAUUGUCAUUCGAUGAAUUGAAUCAGAACGUUGCAGAUGCGAAUUCAUCCAUCAGUGUAGUUCCAUCGAUUCAAUUCUCAAAUAGUUCAGAUGUUUCUUUGCUUGCUGGUCCAUCAUCAUUUGCUUCUGAUUGUGGCAAUGAUUCUGCUUAUGGGACCCCUGAGCUGGGAUCUCCAACGGAGGGCGUAAGCAGGUUUCAUGAACCUGACAAUGCACCAUCUUAUCAGGGCUUCAUCCAUUCAGGGGAAGUAAUUUCUGAGGAUGCCAGGUUAAAACAUCUUGAUGGCAAGCCAAUGGAGGAUUCUGAACAAGGGAACCCGGAAAGUUAUUUCAAAAUGCCCUCCACUGGAGGUGACACUGAUGUUUCCGCCGAUAGAGCCAUGGAUGGUGCUCAUGCUAAACGGACUCUUGAAACUGACAUUUCUUCAGAAAGACUUUCUAACAUUUCAAAUUUCUUCAGGAGUGCCUCACAUGACCCUGCUGAAGGUGCUGCUUUUCCAGGACUAAAUGCACCAGCAAGACCGGGCCAUUUACAAGUUGUUAUUCAAUUGGAUGAGAAAAAUAAAAUGAAUAGGAUUCUCAGUACUAUGCAACUGAGGUUGGCCACAGCAAAAACUGACAUGGAAGAUCUCCUGACAAGAUUGAAUCAAGAGCUUGCUAUAAGACAGUACCUUGCCACAAAGGUCAAAGAUUUGGAAAUUGAGCUUGAAUCUCUAAAACAGAGUGGCAAAGAGAACCUGCAGCAAGCAGUUUCAACUGAGAGGGAAAAAUUUACAGAAAAGCUAUGGGAUAUGGAGGAACUUAGAAGAAAGUGUGUGGAGAUGGAACUGAAGCUGACUUCUGAACAGGCUGACAAGGUUCAAAUGGAAUCAUCGCAAAAACUCAUAAUGCAAGAGAAUGAAAGACUGUACGAAGAGUUGGAUGCUGCUCAACAGCAGAUCAAUAGCUUGCAGAAACACCAUUUGGAGGUGGAGACAAAGUCCAACACAGAUGUCAAACUUCUAGUCAAGGAGAUUAAAUCUCUAAGAAGUUCCCACACAGAACUCAAGCGAGAGCUCAGCAAAUUGGCAAAAGAGAAGGCAGAAGUUGAAAUGAUUCUACGCGAGGAAAGGAAAAAUAGGGAAAAUGCUAAUACUGCAAAUAUUAAGCUGCUGCAUGAGUAUGAAAUUCUUCGCCGUAGACUUGAGGAAUGCAGUGUCAGUUUUCUCAUCGAGGAAGAAAAUAAGCUGGUCCUGGAUGCUUCUAGCCCUGCUGAUGCCACUGAUAUACUUUCAACAUCUGAUAAUCGAAUAGGUCUACUUCUUGCAGAGGCUCAGCUGCUAGCACAAGAUGUUGAAACUACUAUUGCUAGUAGAAAUCUUGAUGGAGGCCAUUCAAGGACAGCAGUGGAUGACUUGAGGAAACAGCUAGCUGACAUUUGCGUUGACAAUGCCAUAUUGAGGAAACAGAUGAACGCUGUCAUUCGCUAUGCACUCCAAACAGCUAAUAGAUCGGAGGAUUAUGAGGAAGAGGUCCUCCAACAAAGACAGCUCCUACGAAGCUUUUAGUUGGAUAAAUUAUAAAACGCAAGACACGUAUCUACAAUAAUAUGUACAAGCUUGUAUUAUUGUCUCCUUUCUUUUGUACUUCUCAAAUGACCUUGUAUAUAUGGCUUAUUCCAUCCCAUUAUAUAAGUGACUAGUUGGAAAAUUGUCAUCGAAGACAUAAGUUUGAAAUAAAGCAACCUUGUA